AUGUUGAGAAGCGUAACAACAAGGGCAUUGGCCAGGGUUCCAUCCCGCAGCGUCAGAAGUCUUAGUAGUUCAAAUAUUUUAUUGGCACCCAAGAAGAAACAAGGAGCACAACCUGCUAAGAAAUUGAAGCAAGGGUAUAAUAAGAAGAAAGAUGGAGCCGGAGAAAAGAAAGCUAAGGCAGGAGGUAUGACUCAUUUAGGCUUUGAUGAUGCUGUUAGAGCGUUAAAGUUUGAGAAAUUGGCAGUUAAGUUAGACUCCUUAGAAAUUGGGAAAUUACAACAUAAUGGACUUGAAAAGUUGCAACAAUCAGUUGUUAAAUAUGAUGAUGAAACUCAAUUCGCAUUAUUCCGUUUAGGAAUGUUUAAGAAGUUCCAACAUCAUGAGAUGUUUGAAAGUCCUAUUUCCUUAGUUUCAAACAAUACCUCCAAAUUGUCAAAUGAAUUUAUUGAUCAAUUGGAUGGUCCUUCAAUUAAUAAUAGAGUUUGUUUGAUAGGAGAGAAGGGUACUGGGAAAUCAACAUUAUUGGCUCAAGCUGCUGCACUUGCGCGAUCUAAAUAUAAUAAUGAAGUGAUUCUUUUACAUUUGGAAUCUCCAUUGAAAAUCACUGAAGGUUCAUCUGAUUAUUUCUUCAAUAAAUCAUUAACAAAAUUCCAUCAGCCUAUGUUCACCAAGAAAUGGCUUUAUAAAUUAAGAAGUGCCAAUGAAACCAUUUUCAAAAAGUUGAAAUUAACUAGAGAUAUUCUGUUUACUAUCAAAAAGCAAGAAUAUACUUUGAAAAAGGAUGAAAAUACCGUUUGGGAUCUUGUUUAUAAGAAUAAGGAUUUUGGUAAGAUGGCAUCAACCAAUGCGUUCCAGUUUCUUUUAGAGGAACUUAUUCAUCAUUCCAAGGAAGUUCCAGUUUUAGCCUCUAUAGAUGAUAUUAGUGUGAUUACCACUAACCCCAACACUGCAUACCGUCAUACUGAUUUGAAGAAGAUUCAUGUAAGUGAACUUGAAAUUGGAGAUUUGAUUUUGAAGUUGAUCUCCGGUGAAGUUUCCUUUAGUAAAGGUGGGGUUUUGUUAGGAGAAUCUAAAGAUUCAGGGAAAGACACUCAUACCUUACGUGUUGGGUUAAGACUUGAACAAUAUGAUCCAUGGUUGAAAGCAUAUGAAUGUGAUAAUACUAUUGCUAACAAAUUUCUUGCUAAUGAAGGAGUCAAGGUGUUUGAUGUCAAGAAUUUAAGUUCUGAAGAAUCGACUGAAUUAUUAGAGUUUUAUGAAGCUACUGGGGCCCUUAAAGUAAGACCAUAUCCUGCUAAAGUUCACAAGACCUUAACAGCUGUGGAACAAGCAGAAGCAGCAUCUUUUGAUAAGACAUUGCACUUUGAAAAGAUUGCAAAGAGUUACUACACUAUUACCGGAGGUAAUCCACGAGAAUUAUUAAAGUCUAGUGUAUUAUCUUAUUAA